GAUGCUGCAUCAGAGUCGAUAUACACCGCUGCUCCACGGCGGGCGGUUCCUCCAUGGCCCGCGUCAUAGGCGGUCGUUCAUUGUGCGGAGGUACUCGUCGGAGUAGCGUGCAAUCUGCACUGCCUCAACCACAUCCGAGCUCGACUUCGAACUACUCCCGGUCUAGACGUCGCGAACCGUUUGCUGGUGUUGAUGUGUUACGACGCGCACAGGACUUCGACACUGGACUGCCAUCCCUGAUGAUGCGCUCGCAGAGCCGCACACUCGCCGUUCCGCCUCGUUCUCCGACGACAUCCGACCCUUGUCCCUAACCAUCUCGAAAUCACUGCGACCAUUGCAGCUCGACACCCGCAUGCGCUCGUCUUGCGCCGACUCGAAGGUUGGCUCGAGUCACAUUCAGCGAGGGCGGUGACCUCGACAUGCUAUCACCCGCCGACCGCUCGCCAUCCACGCCGACAUCAGGCCGCCGUCUCCUCUCGCGCAUCGCGUCGCCCUUCGCGUCCAAGUCUCGCAACAUCACCGACUACUACAUCACAGUCGACGAUCCGCAUAAGCAAUAUUCCCAGGGCGACGUUGUUAGCGGGAGUGUACAUCUCAAAGUGGUCAAGCCGACAAGGGUGACGCAUGUGGUCGUGUGUCUACAUGGCUUCGUCCAAGUGUAUAAGAAUCCCGGCUCGCCACCAGCGGACGGCUACCGAGCGAACAAUACCCAGGCCGGUUCCGGAAGAGGCAGUAAGACGGGAGAAUACUUUGGGAAUGGAUUCGCGACACUCUUUGAAGAUGAGGUGGUCCUCUGCGGCGAUGGGAGACUCGGCGAGGGCGUAUACCAAUUCAACUUCAACCUCGAGUUCCCAGACAAGGACCUCCCGAGCAGCAUAUCUUUCGAACGCGGUACGGUAUCCUACAUGAUCACGGCCACCCUCACGAGACCGACGACCAUGUCACCGACAAUACGAUGUGACCACAAAGUGUACCUCCUCGAGCGAAUCGACAUCUCGCAUUUGUAUCCACCCAAACCACGAACAAUCACAUUAGAACCGGUCUCGCGCAAGAAAAGGUUAAAACCGCAAGUCAAGAAAGUGGUCGACUCCUCGGGCAAAAGCAUCAAAGGCGAUUCCAACGUUCACAGCAGCGAGCAGGAACGUCGCGGCAGCCAUACAUCGUCAGCUUUGAGCUCAAGUGCAAUUGUCGAGGUCAAUCGUCAAAGUCCAAAUCCGAGCGACCUCAGUAUUGAUGGUCCUGUCAGUAGUGGCGGACCAGUCUCGCAUCCUGGAUCACACGCCAACUCCAGACUAUCUCAACUUGAUUCAGAAGCAACCUCUCCGCGGAGCAGCGAUGAAAACCGGGCCGAGAAGCGAACAAUCACUGCUACAGUCGAGUCUUUGUCGGGUGGAUGUCUGCGAGGAGACACGACGUCCAUCAAAGUCCAUGUGGAUCACACGAAGCACGUCAAAAGUUUGCAUGGUGUCAUCAUCACCCUGUAUCGACAAGCGCGUGUCGACAUGCAUCCAGCCAUUCCUCUGGGACCAAGCGAAAAGGGCAAAGAGCGCAAAUUCGAAGACUACUACCCGAAAUCCGUCAGCGGGUUGGGAGGCCUCUCGUUAUCCGGCGCUGGGUCGAGUCAUGUGUUCCGGAAAGACCUGUCCCAGACCAUUAUGCCGUUGAUCAUAGAUCCCAACACUCUCACCGCAGAAGUGACCGGAAAAGUGAACAUCCCGGAGGAGGCAUUCCCAACCAUCUCUACAGUGCCAGGCGCGAUGAUCAGCUUUCGAUACUUCAUCGAGGUCAUUCUUGAUAUACAAGGCAAGCUUUCAUCCCACGACCGAAAUCUGGGCAACCUGGGAGGUCUAGCCAGUACGAUCGUACAGGGUCCGGAAGCCGAUCCGAUCGAUCGCCGGCAUGGUUCUCCCGUAAUCGAUACAUCUGCUGUAAGGCGCAACAUGGGCGUGGUUGCGUGUACUUUCGAAAUCAUAAUAGGCACGAGAGAUAGCGCGAGGCGCAAGGGCAAACAAAAGGCCGAACCACUUCCAGUUCCUGACCCCAACGCGCAAGCAAAGAAUGAGGCAGACACGCAAGCCGGCGCCACGCCUCAUGCUGCAGACCAUGGUAAUGGAGAGUACUGGUAUGACGAAAGCAACGGUUUCUACGACCAAGAAUACUACGGCGCAGACCAAUACGCGCCUGGAUACUUCGGCAAUGGCUCGUACACCAUGCCACCUCCGAUCCCAAUACCAGAGAUCGAAGACGACUCGCAACUGCCGGAGAAAGAACGGCUGCGAAGAGCAGAGGCUCGGCUAUUGCCCAGCAUGCCUCCGGGCGCCGACCAACCAGGAUCCACUCCUGCGCAUAUGCCUCCGUCUCCGUCCUACGAACCUCACAAUAUCCCUCUACCUCGGACACCACUCUACGAGUCGCAAGACGCACCGACACCAUCAUACGAACCACCAAACGCAUCAACGCCAUCCUACGGGUUCCCCAGCACCCCAACACCUAUACCCAGCCGCCACGGUCCGACCGAUGAUAAAAAGGAACUCCAGCGCCGACAACUAGAACUGGAAGCUUCGGCUCCACCGCAGGACGACGAUGCGAGCGAGUCUGGACCUGCACCGCGAGAUCACGACGCUGCUCCGACUGCUCCUGUUCUCUCCGAGACAGAGGAAGCAAUGUUGGGUUUGGGUAACAGUUCGAGAGAGGAAGGCCAGGCACAGGCUGGUGCGGCGCAGGCGAGAGAUUUGGAUUUGCCAAGAUAUGAGCGAUGACAUGGUUUGGGGCGUUAUGGGAGUUCUGGAGCGUCGACGUGAAUUUGUUUGGUCAAGAGAAGGGUAUGGUCGGCGGUAAAAUUUGUAGGUUUUAUUCUGGGUUGAUUGAUACCACCAGUGAGGAGACACGAGCAGGACUCUCGAGGAGAAUGAAAAGUCUUGCGGUAGAGAUGAAUGCAAAGAGCU